AGCCUCCCGGGAGCAGCGAGGACCAGGCGCUGGGCGGCCGUCAAGUCCACGCCCCGCCCGGCCCAGCCCGGCCCCGGCCCGGCCCGCACUGACUUCUCUUUCGGGAGGCGUCCUGGGUUGCAGCACUUGCAAGGGGCUCCACAGCGCAAGCCACCGCCACCCCUUGGCCCAGCUUUGGGGCAGACAUGCCUGCCCUUCACAUUGAAGAUCUGCCCGAGAAGGAAAAGCUCAAGAUGGAAGUUGAGCAACUUCGCAAAGAGGUGAAGUUGCAGAGACAGCAGGUGUCUAAAUGUUCUGAAGAAAUAAAGAACUAUAUUGAAGAACGUUCUGGAGAGGACCCCCUGGUGAAGGGAAUUCCAGAAGACAAAAAUCCUUUCAAAGAAAAAGGCAGCUGCAUUAUUUCAUAAAUAACUCUGGGGAGAAAUUUCAUCCUCAGUGGAAGAGCAAUUUUGUUAUGUUGUUUUCCUCUAAAUGAAACCAACAUGCCUGUUAAGGAAGGAAAAGUGGAACUUAAAGAAGACUCUCUUAAGACUGUACAUAAUGUUCUACUCAAAAACAUAUCUGCUUCUCAUCUUUGCUCAUUAUACACCCUUUUUAAGAGGGAGUAAUGUACAAUUAUAGAAUUAAGGAUAUUACUUACGCACGACUCACCUCUUUCAGUAUAUUGCUUGAUGCCUCAAAUAAAGUUUCGU